UCCUCCACUCCUCCCUCCCCAUGCAGAGGACAACAGGUCCAAACCCUGUCAGUGCACAGCUCUGCAAAGCCAGUGCUUGUUGAUAUCAAGGGCCUAUUACUGACUUUAUAGUAAAAUCAUUUCUUCCCGAACUGGAGAGAUGAUAUUUCGGACAGCUCUAGAGCAUGCUAGAAGGCACCCCGGCCUCAUCCCCCAGUUCUUCUUCAUCUGUUUGGGACUAGGCGGUGCGGCUGUGUAUCUGCUCCGUUUGGCCAGAGGACCCUAUGUUGUCUGGAACAAGACCAAGAACCCUGAGCCUUGGAAUAAACUUGACCCCACGUAUCAGUACAAGUUUGUCGCCGUCAGCACAGACUACAAAAACUUGAAGAAGGAUGGACCUAAGUUUUAAUUCAGAGUUUAUAGGUCUUAGAAAAUCCAAAUCCAGGGUCAGAUUCAUCCUGCUCCUCUCCUCAUCCUGGGUCAGACGCCUUAAACCUAAAGUGUCACUGGUGAUAGCGUGGUAUCAUUGAUAACACCAGGGAGAUCGUCACAUAAUAAUUCAAUGGAUCACAUAGGAUUCAUGUAUGUACAUUCUUCCUCCAUGUCUAAACCUUCCUGGUCUCUUUUGCUCAUAAAUCACAAAGGACACUCAGUAAUUGUUAACUAUGCUGCAGUGUUUUAGAAGUAUGAAUGCAUUUAUUUAAACGCGCAAGGCAUCUCUCACACUCUGAUGUGCUUCUUUAGGUUUUUUGUUCUUAUUUUCCGUGUCUGAAGGUGAAAUGCAAUGACUCUGUAAGGUAUGAAAAUGGUAGUAAUGCAUAAACCAAGCUGUAUUCUUUCAAUAAAGAAACCGUCAGAUUCGA